AUGGUGGACGUCUUCGGUCCUUUGUCUGCUCGUCCGCCUACUCCACCAAGGACGUCGUCCCGUGCCCUGCCUGAAAAAGAUCGAACGGAGGAUUCCCCGGUCGUCGCGCAAACGCCUGGCCUUUCUCCGUUCGCAACUAAUGCAUCUAACGGUGUUCCGUCUAGUCGACAGUCAAAGCGUGUGAAUUUCUCGCCAUGGACGAAAUACAUCAAGCCUCCCUCCUUUGCCAAUACGAUUGCGAAGCCCAAAUCCGAUCUCAAAGCUCUGCCGCCCUCAAAUGAAUGCAAGCCUUCCAAGUCGAUCCUGAAGGCGACAAACUCUCCGGCCCCCGUUAAUUCGCCGAAAGUCACGUCCCAUACCCCCGAAUCCUUCGUCAUGCUUUUGAAGUCCAUGACGUCGCAGCUGGCCGGAGAGUCGGCCAGUUCCCGGCUCGAUGCAUACAUGCAGUUAUUUGGUGCGUUGCGGACGUACGAUGGACUUCCGGGACAACAAGAGGUGGCGGAGUACUUAGGUUUGAUCACGCAGUUCAUCCAGCGAGAUAUCAGCAGGACUACUGAGAACAUGGGACCUCUUGAUACAAACCUAGUGAUCCAGGCUUUGAAGCUCUCCGCAGCGUUGGUGUGGCAGACCGAUAUCUCCGCGCAAUUGUCGGACGAAUUCAAGAACUUUCUCAUCGAACAUUCCAUCGAUACUCUUCAUAAUAGCCAAGUGCCAAAAUCGGUUCUGACACAUCACAUGUCGAUCCUGUCGACGCAGAAUUUCAGCACGAAGAUCAUGACCAAUGCUCGCCUCUCACGACUACUUACAGUCCUGCACGACCUCACGCAUCGAGUGAACGGUGGCUCCAUUGUUUCGCAGCGCCUGAGUAUCUACCAGCGGAUUCUUAACCAAGCGAAAUCUACGUUCGUUUCACAAUCAUUGUUAUGGAUGGAACAUCUGAUAUUUGGCCUACUGCAUCCUAUCAAGGAUAUCAGAAUCAAGGCUAUCUCGUUGGGCUUCCAGGUGUCGAUAAUAUUUGGCCCAAAUCCCUCGCUAUCCAAAUGCAUUCAAGACAUCUUUGAUCGUUCUUUGGACAAAGGAAGAAGGCUAGUCACUGAAAUAUGCGAGCGAAUGAUACGGAUGGUGGCCAAUUCCGACAGCGGUAUCCAUGUUCCUCAAGUUUGGAGUGUUGUCAUCUUGCUCUUAAGGAAUAAACGUCUGAAUGUCGAUCAUUGGGACCACUUUAAGGAAUGGGUCCUUGUGCUCCAAAAAUGCUUCAAUUGCAGCGACUCUUCUAUCAAGGCGCAGGCUAUCGUCGCAUGGAAUCGUUUCGUCCUAGUUGUCAGUCCGGAUGAGACGACAAAUCGCUCGUUGUUGCGAAUGCUGAGCAAGCCGAUAUUGUCACAAUUUGAACGAAAGAAGCAGGACAAGACCGGAUCGCAGCCCAGUCAACUGGUGAUGUGCAGCUAUUACAACCUUUUGUAUUACGCUUUUCGGCCGUCUGCGUCGUUUCAACUGCUUGACAUCGUCUGGGAAGAGUACAUUGCUGCCCCUUCAUCGAAAACGUUUGCUUCGAGCCCUGCACUGAGUGAUAGACUUGCGCACAUUCUUUCAAACAUGCUCUGGAGCCCCCAAAAUAAAGUUUGGUCUGAGAACAAGGUCAAUGAAAGCAACAAGCUUGAACCGGAAGAGCUGCCUACUCUCGAUUGCAGGUGGCUAAGGUUAAGAAUUACGUUGGUGCUGAAGGUCUUUGAAAACAUACUCAAAAUAUCUCUAUGGACUGAGAAUAUCGAGCAAUCGAACAUCGCUAUCGCCUGGGUUCGUCUUUCGAAAGCCCUGUCGAAUGCCUCUAGCAAAGAGAUCACACCGUCCUCAGAAUCGAUGCAAACCGUAGCUCAUGUCCUUGGUCUUCUUCAGCGCCUUUGGAAAGCGGGUCCUUCUUCAAUUAAUGCCGUUGAGAAAGAAUCCAUGGACGCGUUCUUUGAACGAUUCCAGUUCUUAUCGAGAACGAUGAUUUUCUCCCUAGGGAAUAUUCCAUUCACAGAGAAGCUAUUAUUGAAGACUGCAGAUGCCACGUUUCAAGCAGCCAAUACUCCUACACAUCGUCACUCGCACGCCAACUCCAACCUGGACAGUCCUGUUCUGCAUUUUCUUCGGCUGAUAAGUGACGUGUCUGGAAUUUCAGAGCCAAGCCCAGCCUAUCUGCGCCUAGUCAAUUCAACACUUGAAGCCGCUUGUAAUGGAAGAACCUCUAGAAGUUCUCGCCUAGAGCUCCUCCGACAGUGCGCCGAUUUGCACUCAAAUGAAGCAGACAUACAAUUUGGUGUUCAUUCUUUCGCACAGAUUGUCUGGAAGUCGGUAGCACAUCUUGCUGCUGAUUCGCUAUGCUCCUACCCACUUGAGACAGCCCGUGAACGUGAUGGAUCUGUUUCGCGCGACUACGAGAAUGCUGUCAGAAUCCUCUCUUCGGGUCUAAAGUUUCCUGACGUCUCCCAAGUGUGGGACGAGCUCCUUGAUGCCUUCGUUCGUGUCAUACGGACCGAGAAAGGCGAUCGUGAGAUUGCUACUAUGGUAGUGGAGCCUCUGGCCGAGUGUCUGAUGACUGUUGGCGUUCGCGAUGGAUACCUGGCUUCAGCAUCCCUCUUCAAGCAUUCUUUGCCUAUGACAUACGGUCAAAGCAUAGACGGCAAAGGCCCAGAAGAUGUCUCUCACCUUUCUGCGCCUGAAAACUUGUUCGUUCCCAGAAAGCUGGUUGAACUUGUGGACAGCACACUUCAAAAGUCUUAUCAAGAAUUCGAUGCUGCGGACACUAACGGCAUUGCGGACUUUAUUGAGUCCUUGACGUCCUUCUUGGGCUCUGGUCUCAUAAAUUUCCGCUCCAAGGUUCUCGAAAGCCUUCAACAGCCGCUAGCUGUGUGGCUGAAGGAUGAAACACAAAAGCUAAAUGUUGAGAGCGGAGUGGAAAGCAGGGUUCUUACUGCUGGCCGAGCUUUGUCGUCAGCUGUUCUCAACAUUUUACAGGCAUCAACACCCCAUGACUCUCCAUGCCUACAAAGAUUCGAAAGUAUUAUAUGCGCAGGGUUAGAGUCGUCGCAUAUGUCCGUAGCAAAGAAGUUCCUUGAAUUCUGGAAGUCCUUGUUUGGUGCGCAACUAUCCACCCCUUGCCCAGAAGCUAUCACUCUUGCCGUGCAUAGGUUGGAAACCCAGGCCGAUACCCACGCAAGCUCCUCAGAUCCACAAGCCGCGGAAAAUCGACGUGCAGACAUGUCAGAAAAGUCCCAUAUAUCAUUUAUUUUGGAUGAUUCAAACGGCCCCUCUUCUACAUUCAACUCAUCGCCUGUUACGAGAGAAAUUGCGCCCGAGGAUCACUCAAAAGAAGCUCAAGACGGCCCACUGCCGGCCAAUGAUGAUACAUCACUUGAGUCCAACGGUGUCGAGGCUCCAGUCGCUUUCCAACCCGUCGCGGAGAAUUCUGAGAAGCGUAGUGAGGUGUUCUCGAUGAUUGAGAAUCUUCGAUCAUCAUCGCCGCCAACCAAUACGCCGAGGGAGCUUGGGUUUAUGACUCCUCCACACUUGCGCAAUCUACGCAACACGGAUCGAGACACUGAAACCCCACAAACACCUACUUUACCUGCCAUUGCUGUGGACAACGACGAAAGCUUUCUUGGUUCAUCGCCUACUCCUGGCACCAGAGACCGUACUCAAACCAGUGGGUCGACACUCCGUACCUCGUUGGUAGCUCCAGGUGUGCCCUCUGAGAUGGACAUCGAUCCUCCAUCAUCUCCACCGGAGAUCCGAUCCCGGAGUCCGAACUCGCGGAGCAAAUCAACUCCUUUGGAAGGCUCGGCUGUCCGGGACAGGGCAGCUAAAAACAGAAGGAAGAAACAGCGAAGGAGAGAAAGAAGAUCCAAGGCGUCUAGAGCAUCUUCUCCCGUUACACAACCUGAUACCCCGGCAACGCCUAAGGAUGCCGGUGAAACAGAAGUUGCGGCCCAAGCAGAGAGACCUCUUAGCAGCCGCACCCGUUCUUCUACAGGCAAAAUGCCCGAAGACACAAUGGCUGAGGUAUCAUCGGCAGGAAUAUGCCAAGACCCGGAGCAUUCGGCGCAAGUUCAACCUACUUCUAAUAACCCUGGCAUCAUCCUAGAAAAUAUUUCCCGUCAAGAAAACACCCAAGUCAAAACUAGAAACAACCACAAUAAGGAAACACGCAGCGAGAACCGCGACAUUCCAGACUCGUCCAGUGACGAUAUGGAAACACAGAUUGCGUCUCAACUCGAACAAGAUCUUGAGUUUGCAGUCGUCGACGAGGCUGAUGAGCAGGCAAGCAAACCUCCGGUUACACGCAAGAGAAAGCGUGAAGCUCGUGAAGCGACUUUCUCAACGCCCUCCAACCAAGAAAAACGACGAUCGUCGAGACUAUCGGGUACGAAGGAGCGCCCUGUCGUUGAGGAUAAAGAACCAAAUAGCACUUGGUCCAAGAGGUCGAUGGCGGUCAGCCAAAUCGAGAUAACUGCCUCGUCGCCAGCUGAGGGGGGUCCACAAAAGCGAAGACGCCACUCCAAGGGAUCUGCUGAUAACGAAGAAGUCGCAUUGGCUAUCCCACAGCAAAAAUCAUCCAACACUACAGACAAGAACGCAGACACCUUGGAAUCUUUGACCCAGAAGCGGAGGUCGAACCGCCUCAGUGGUCAUAUAGCACCGACACCCGUUGAGGAAACACCGGUUGCGAAGAAACCUUCACCUCGAUCAUCUCGUUCCGUGCGCAAGCAGAACACGCAACCCAAGGAUACCACGUCCAAGGCAUCUCAAGCGGAAUCCCCAGCUGAGAAGACCAAACCCAACACGAAGGUCGCGGAGAAGGAGAAACGUAAACCGCAGGAAAACCCAUCUGAUGACCUCGAGAGCAACGAAAUUCCCGAAUCCUCCGAAUCGCGGAUCAACAACGUCAACAACAACACAGAAGAAUUCGCCACCACACAACCAAGCGAACCCGCUCCGCAGACCGAGCAACAAGACCUACCCCCACCCUCACUCCCAACACAAGAAGACACUCAGAUGAGCGACACUGUCGUCGCCGUCCCGUCCACUGAUAAGACCCCGAAGUCGAAGUCCGGAAAAUCCAAAGCCAAGCAAAAGUCAAAGUCAACAGAACCCCCACAACUACCUGCACCGGAGACCACGAAUGCUCCUACCGACGGCGAGAUCAUUCCCGCGUUGCAGCAGAUCCUAGACAAGGUCAAGGCGUCCGCGCUGGAUCGAAACGCGCUCAAGCAGAUUGAUGACAUGUUAUUUGACAUCCGAGUGGAGACGCACGAGGCAUUGAGGCGGCAUACCGGUUGA